ACCAAGGCGGAAAUGCCGUCACUACGUGGCCAGAUGGAAGUCAUUUAACAAAUACUUCAACACAUAACCUACUAUAAGAUAUCCAGGUCCAUAUAAUCUCACUAAAUAUACAUUACACUACAUUAGUAACACCCACCGAUAAUGCGAGUUGACUACCUCGUGUUCACUGACACAUGCGCAGUGAUCUGAAGACUUGGGGGAACGGAACCGAGCCAGUUUUUUUUUUUUUUUUUGUUUUGUUUUUUGCAUGCAACCAAAAGAAGAUGGCUUCAGAAGUACUCAGAAAAGAAGAAACCCUGACAAUGAGGAGGCGAUUAAUCGGGUAACUUAAUGUGUGAUGCAAUCGUGCAGACUUUUUUAUUCAGACGAUCCUGUCAAAAUUGUUAGGGCAAGAGGGCAAUAUCUUUAUGAUGAGAACGACAAGCGCUACCUGGACUGCAUUAGUAACGUUCAUCAUGUGGGCCAUUGCCAUCCCAGUGUCACUAAAGCUGCAGCAGAACAAAUGGACCUUCUGAACACCAACACCAGAUUCCUGCACGACAAUAUAGUCUUAUACGCCGAUCGCUUGGCUGCCACUUUGCCUGAGAGACUGUCCGUCUUUUAUUUUGUCAACUCUGGAUCUGAGGCCAAUGAUCUUGCACUACGUUUGGCUCAUCAGUACACACAACACGAAGAUGUCAUUGUACUCAACCAUGCGUACCACGGUCACCUAGUGUCUCUCAUUGACAUCAGUCCAUACAAGUUCCGGAAACUGACAGGACAAAAAGAAUGGGUUCAUGUGGCACCCUUACCAGACACCUACAGAGGCAAGUACAAAGAGGAUGUACUGAACGCAGGCCAACUUUACGCUGAUACAGUCAAGGACUUAAUAGAGGAAGUGCACAACAAAGGUCGCAAGAUUUCUGCCUUUUUUGCCGAAUCGAUGCCAAGUGUGGGAGGACAAAUUAUUCUGCCGCCGGGAUACUCGGCUAAAGUUGCUGAGUAUGUGCACUCUGCAGGCGGGGUGUUCGUGGCAGACGAGGUGCAGACAGGGUUUGGACGCGUGGGGAGUCAUUAUUGGGCUUUUCAGCUGCAAGCAGAUUUUUGCCCUGACAUAGUUACAAUGGGCAAGCCGAUGGGGAACGGGCACCCCAUUGCAUGUGUGGCAACUACAUCAGAGAUUGCUAGAGCUUUCACGGACAACGGAGUGGAGUACUUCAAUACGUUUGGAGGGAACCCUGUUUCUUGCGCAAUUGGUCUAGCCGUCCUCGAUGUGAUAGAGAAAGAAGACCUGAGAGGAAAUGCCGAAAGAGUUGGCGCACAUCUCAAAGAUUUGUUUACGAAGCUGCAAAGUCGACAUAAAAUUAUUGGAGACGUUAGAGGCGCCGGCCUUUUUGUUGGAGUUGAGCUGGUAGAAGACAGAGAACGAAGGACACCUGCCACUACAGCAGCAGCGCAAGUGGUGAAAAGGCUCAAAGUGGAAGAUCGAAUCUGUGUCAGUACAGACGGACCCUGGGAAAGCGUCUUAAAGUUUAAACCGCCCAUGUGCUUCAAUAUGGAAGAUGCAGAGCUGGUGGUGAGGUGCAUCGACCGCAUCCUCACGGAUAUGGAAGCCAACGCGAAGCUAGGAAAGGAAGACAUCUAGGUUUGUUUCUCCUGUAGAAAAUGUUUUAAUUUGAUCAAACAUUAUCAGAUGGUCACAUUCAAUAAGUUCAGAGGUAGUGAUCUAUCUGGCAAACAAAGCAAGCUCAAGCAUUUCACACAUUGCUAUUGUCUGAUGCUGCAUUUAGGAAUUCCACAUCAGAGGCAACCAAGUGUGGUUACAUUGUUGUACUUGCGAAUAAACAUUUUGUUCCUCUUAGAGGCUGAUAUGAGUGGAUUUGGAGUCCCGCUUCCAGAGACGAUGCAUCCUGUUCCCGAGCCAACAUUUUACACUAAUACCACUCUGUCAUUUUUCUUAUAUAUUGAAAUUUAUCAGAACUGGAAAUCAAAUUAGGCUUUCACUGAAUGACGUUUGCUCCUAUUCAGUAUUCCAGCCUCUAGUUCCUAUAUGCAAUAUGCACCCUUUUGUGAGGCUGAAAUGUUCUAUCCAUACCUAAAGACAGUUCUAUAAGCUCACUACUGCUUUGAUUGUAACCUGCGCAGUCUUUUAAACAAUUUUUUUCUAGCUAACAGACAUUUGUCCUUAUUAUCACUUGGCAAUAUCGUAUCAAAACAUGUUAGUAGCACUUACCGGUAACACACACUAAUGUUCAAGUAUCGCAGUUCCACAUGUAGUGGGUUGAAUAUUAACACUGCAGGUGGUGAAGCCCUCUCCCACAGCUUCCCAACGAGGCAUCCGUCGCGAUGUUCACAUUACUUCAGAUAUAUUGAGCAAGCCAUUUAACAGUACAGUACAUUUAACAUUAACUUUAAAAAUAAUAACAAAUAGAUCCAUUUGUAAUAUAAACCAAAAGUUUAUUUCUACCAAUUUGCCCAAGACACUAGAGGAAUGAGUAUCCAGUGAGAGAGAGGGGUUACCCUCUUACAUUUAACAGGCUUGCGUUGAGUUGUAGUACACUAGUAAAGCCACUUAAAAAAUGCAGACACGAUCGGGGAAGAAUCUCAAUAAAAGCCAAAAAAAAAAAAAAAAAAAAGCAAACCAAAAAACAGGGGACAAAAAAAUAUAUAUGGUUGUCUUAAUCUACUACGCCAUCUGAAAACAUUCAUUUGAAACGCUCACAAUGAACUCCUCGAUUGGUUGAAUCCCUUGAAUUUUGCAUCGCCUAAAAGAUCCAAAGCCAUGCAACUUGCAUCCAACAGUCAGCGUGGGAAAACAGAACUAAGGAUUUAGAAACACUGAAAGAAAAAAAAAGCUAAAUUGUUUUAUUUGCGAGCUUCAAAAGCUCUUGCUCCUGUUUGUAAAUCUAGUAGACAUGUAAAAAUACAACCAUACAAUACAUUAGAUUCAAAAAGGUACCAAAAAGUACAGUAAAAAUAACACUUCCAUCGCUGGAAAUGUAAAUGGACACAAAACAAUAUAAAAUAAAAGUGGAAAAGUGACAUUUUGCUUCCCCAAUUCCUCACUUGAUCUGUACAAAUGGAGCAUGAGUCCAAAUUUCUGCCAACUCCAAAGGAAAAGCCAGAGCCCAUGUUCGCUGUGGUCAGACCAUGGAUCUCUUUUCUUAUUUACUUUAGACCUUAAGAGAAAAACACGUUGCUUAACGUUACUGAGAACAAACCAAACGUGGCAAGCAGUUACACAAAGACAGACAGGUGCAUGAAUGAGUCAAUCGAAUAGACAGAAAUUCAAGGGGUACACAGAACCGGGCGCAAUUCGACCACGGUGAAACGUCCUAUUCUCAACCACCACCAGCUCAACCCUUAUCGAUCAAGUAGUGUUUGUAGGGAUGCAUCUUUGGAUGAUAGGUGGAAUGGAUCCAGACCCCAUCAAACAGACUACACUAGCCCCCACCACAAUGUUGGAAUGGAAUUUGAAUAGAUGGGAGGUCUUUGGGAGGUGGGAAUCAAGAAGGCACCAAUGGUAAGAGCUAGAUUUUCACACUAACGGGAUGAUGCAAAAAUGCAUACCUGCACUACGUGUGAUCAGUAUGGCUUGUAGCUACUCGGGUGGCCACGUCUUGGAGUUUUCCCAUAGCUUGAAUUGCCAUGGCCUGGAGGACAAGAGAAAAAGGGACUGAGUUCUGUACAACAAGGAGGACCAAGAAAAUAAGCUGCUCCCAUUCGCGCUAUCCCUCAGGGCACUUAUCGCUUACUGUAAUCGUAGCCACCCCCAUAGCCGUAAUAACCACCGGCUGAGUAGUCAUAGCCGCCGUAGCCGCCAUAGCCUCCAUAGCUUUGCUGCCCGUAGCCUCCAUAGUUCUGGUUGUAACCACCUUGGCCCCCCCAGUAGUUGUUGUAUCCGCCGCCUUGAUUCCAGUUUUGGCCCCCGCCUAGAAAAUCAAAACGGAGCCAUGGAAUCACUUACGCACGGGACCUGGCGAGCCUUCUCCAGUCCGUGACGCGUGCAUACCUCCACGGGCCCUGCCGCCACGUGCUCCGCCACCAUAUCCGCGGGCGUUAAACUGCUGCUGCUGGUAGACCUCUUUGGGUUGGGCUAUUUUGAUUUCGCACUGCAACACAACGUAAAAUUAGCAAAGCAUAGGUUGACCCGCUACACCUAAGAGAUUGCUGAACUUACUGUGCUUCCACCAACGUUGUGGAACUUUUUCUCCAAGAUUUUCUUCACAGGAGCCUCCUCUUGAAAGGUGAUGAAUACAAAACCCCUCCUCUUCUCAGUCUUUGGAUCUUGGGGCAGCUCGAUCGUCUCAAUCUACACAUAAACAAUGACUUAAUCAACAAUCAUUAAAUAUUCAUUCGGCAGCACAUUUUUGGCAUCAUACCUCUCCAUAUGCUUUGAAGUAGUCCUCGAUGACCUGCUUCGCCGUGUCUGGGUUAAGCCCCCCAACAAAUAUUUUCUUGAUUGGAUCCUUCUUCAUGGCCAUAGCCUUCUUAGGGUCAAUCUGUCGCCCAUCGAGCCUAUGUUCCUUUUGUUCCAGAACCUGCCCAAAAAUUCAGAUAUUACUUCAAGCACACCAAGAAACGAUGCUUCAUUACAACUUUCCCCACUCACCUUGUCUACACUGGCUGAAUCUUUGAAAAGAAUAAAACCGAAGCCUCGUGAUCGGCCCGUCUGCUGGUCAAUUUUGAUCGUGCAGUCCGACACUUCGCCAAACUUGGAGAAAUAAUCUUUAAGAUCCUUCUUGGUUGUGUCCCAGCUAAGGCCACCGACAAACAUUUUCCUGAAAGCAAGAAAUGAAUGGGGUCAUUUGAUGGAGCUGGACCCCCUGGGCUACUUCCCCUGUGUGUGAGGGUGUUUGGGGGAUGGGUAAAAGCGACUGGGGGUGUAGAAUUCCAGGGUGUUUUCGAACAUCAGUUCACAUAGUGAUUCAUUGAUCAUUUCUAAUACUAUGUCUGUUAUAAGUACUAGUAACCGUUGUGGGGGGGGGACACUGUUCAUACAUUUCGUGAUGAAUUAGGCUCACGCACAAACGCCCAUCCCCCACUCGUUCUGCACAUGGCGCCAACAAAGGCCGGUUGAACAAAGAAACACGGCAAGCACCAAAGAGCCGCUUCAACGGAAAAUGAGGAAAAAGCUAAAACAACAAAAAAUCGAAAAUAUAAUUCUUACUCACCCUGCAUCUUCUUCGCCUUUGCUUGCGUCUAUUUGGCCCCCUUCCGUGCCGCCGUUUCGCGAAUUGUCGUCGGGCCCUGCUUCACCGCAGGCGUUUUCCCCGGCCUGGCCGCCUCCAUUAAAGUCAUCGACUUCGUGGCCGUUUUCCGAGGUCUCCAUGUAUUGUUGCUCGAUUUCAGUCAUGUUUUAAUAA